UCUGUCAAUGAAAGAAAAUGGCGGUAGCGGUGUUGUGAACGUAUACCGAACGUAAUGUGCUUCUAGUUAAUUAAUGAUACUGUAAAAAAGUAAAUUUACCAGAAUUUCAAUGCCUCUACUGCUUUGAAUCCAGAAUGUCGUUACCCCCGUAUUUAUUGGGGCCAAAUCCAUGGGCCAUGAUGGCCCAACAACACCUGGCCGCAGCUCACGCUCAGGCCCAAGCAGCUGCGGCCCAGGCACACGCUCAUGCUCUUCAGCAACAAAUACCUCCUCCUCAUCCAAAAUCAGAUGUGAUGACGGAAGAAAAGCUUCAAGAAAAAGCACAAAAGUGGCACCAACUUCAGUCGAAGCGAUUUGCCGACAAAAGAAAGUUGGGGUUCGUGGAUGCCCAAAAGGAAGAUAUGCCUCCAGAGCAUAUUCGAAAAAUUAUAAGGGAUCAUGGUGAUAUGAGCAGUCGUAAAUAUCGGCAUGAUAAACGUGUUUAUUUAGGGGCUCUUAAAUAUAUGCCACACGCUGUGAUGAAGUUGUUAGAAAACAUGCCGAUGCCUUGGGAACAAAUUCGAGACGUCAAAGUGUUGUAUCACAUUACUGGGGCCAUUACUUUUGUUAAUGAAAUACCAUGGGUGAUUGAACCAGUGUACAUAGCGCAGUGGGGCACAAUGUGGAUUAUGAUGCGUCGAGAAAAACGCGAUCGUCGUCAUUUCAAACGAAUGCGUUUUCCACCAUUCGAUGAUGAAGAACCUCCUCUAGAUUACGCUGAUAACGUUUUGGAUGUAGAACCCCUUGAAGCCAUUCAAAUUGAAUUGGAUGCGGAAGAAGAUGCAGCAGUCGCAAAAUGGUUUUACGAUCACAAACCAUUAGUUGGUACUAAAUAUGUGAAUGGACCUACAUACAGAAAGUGGAACUUGACGCUGCCAAUGAUGGCGACGUUGUAUCGUUUAGCAAAUCAGUUGUUGACUGAUUUGGUUGAUAAUAACUAUUUUUAUCUUUUUGACACUAAAAGCUUCUUCACUGCAAAAGCUUUAAAUAUGGCCAUACCUGGAGGGCCGAAGUUUGAACCAUUGAUCAAAGAUAUGAAUCCAGCUGAUGAAGAUUGGAAUGAAUUUAAUGACAUAAAUAAAAUUAUAAUUAGGCAACCCAUCAGAACUGAAUAUAGGAUAGCUUUUCCAUAUUUGUACAACAAUAUGCCACAUUUUGUACAUCUAUCAUGGUACCAUGCUCCAAACGUGGUGUAUAUCAAAACAGAAGAUCCAGACUUGCCCGCUUUCUACUUCGAUCCUUUAAUUAACCCGAUUUCACAUAGACACGCGGUCAAAAGUUUAGAACCCUUACCCGAAGAUGACGAGGAAUAUGUUCUACCCGAACACGUUCAACCAUUUUUGCAAGAAACACCCCUGUAUACUGACAAUACUGCCAAUGGUAUCGCCUUGUUGUGGGCUCCAAGACCGUUUAAUUUGCGCUCGGGACGUUGUCGUAGAGCGAUUGAUGUUCCUUUAGUUAAGACCUGGUACAUGGAGCAUUGUCCUCCAGGACAACCCGUCAAAGUCAGAGUGAGUUAUCAAAAGUUGCUAAAAUACUACGUUCUCAAUGCUUUGAAACAUCGACCACCAAAAGCUCAGAAAAAACGUUAUUUGUUCCGUUCGUUCAAAUCGACGAAAUUUUUCCAAACAACUACUCUAGAUUGGGUGGAGGCAGGUCUACAGGUUUGUAGACAAGGCUAUAACAUGCUUAAUUUGUUGAUUCACCGCAAGAAUUUGAACUAUUUGCAUUUGGAUUACAACUUCAAUCUGAAACCUGUCAAGACCUUGACUACCAAAGAGAGAAAGAAGUCAAGAUUCGGAAAUGCCUUCCACUUGUGUAGAGAGAUUCUUAGACUAACAAAAUUAAUAAUCGAUUCGCACGUACAAUACCGUUUAAAUAACGUGGACGCUUUUCAAUUGGCUGAUGGACUUCAGUACAUUUUUGCCCACGUGGGUCAGUUGACUGGUAUGUACAGGUAUAAGUACAAGUUGAUGAGGCAAAUCAGGAUGUGCAAAGAUUUGAAACACUUGAUCUACUACCGUUUCAAUACUGGACCUGUCGGAAAAGGGCCUGGUUGUGGUUGUUGGGCUCCAGGUUGGAGGGUGUGGCUUUUCUUCAUGAGAGGAAUCACACCUCUACUCGAACGUUGGCUUGGUAACUUGUUAUCACGUCAAUUCGAAGGUCGACAUUCAAAAGGAGUUGCUAAAACUGUGACGAAGCAACGCGUUGAAUCUCAUUUCGAUCUUGAAUUGAGAGCAUCCGUUAUGCACGAUAUUGUUGACAUGAUGCCGGAAGGUAUCAAACAGAAUAAGGCCAGGACUAUUUUGCAGCAUUUAUCAGAGGCAUGGCGCUGCUGGAAAGCCAAUAUUCCGUGGAAAGUACCUGGUUUACCCAUUCCUAUAGAAAAUAUGAUUUUGCGGUAUGUGAAAAUGAAGGCAGAUUGGUGGACGAAUACUGCUCAUUACAACAGGGAAAGGAUAAGGAGAGGUGCAACUGUUGAUAAAACAGUUUGUAAAAAGAAUUUGGGAAGACUUACGAGGUUGUAUCUGAAGUCGGAACAAGAACGCCAGCAUAAUUACCUGAAAGAUGGACCCUACAUCAGCCCCGAAGAAGCUGUCGCAAUUUACACCACAACCGUUCACUGGCUUGAAUCAAGAAGAUUCGCCCCAAUUCCAUUCCCACCUCUUUCUUACAAGCACGACACAAAACUCCUCAUUUUGGCGCUCGAGCGUCUGAAAGAAGCCUACAGUGUUAAGUCUCGUCUAAAUCAAAGUCAGCGAGAAGAGUUGGGUCUCAUAGAACAGGCUUACGACAAUCCACACGAAGCUUUAUCCAGAAUAAAGCGUCACUUGCUAACACAGAGAGCUUUCAAAGAAGUAGGAAUCGAGUUCAUGGAUUUAUACAGCCAUCUGAUACCCGUGUAUGACGUGGAACCACUCGAGAAAAUAACCGACGCUUAUUUGGACCAAUACCUGUGGUAUGAAGCAGACAAAAGAAGGCUUUUCCCACCGUGGAUAAAACCUGCCGAUACCGAACCACCGCCAUUAUUGGUAUAUAAAUGGUGUCAAGGAAUUAAUAACUUGCAAGAUGUGUGGGACGUGGCAGAAGGAGAAUGCAAUGUUUUGUUGGAGUCGAAGUUUGAGAAGUUAUACGAGAAGAUCGAUUUGACUCUGUUGAAUAGAUUGUUGAGGUUGAUUGUCGAUCAUAAUAUUGCUGAUUACAUGACCGCGAAGAAUAACGUCGUGAUCAAUUACAAAGAUAUGAACCAUACGAACAGUUACGGGAUUAUUCGAGGUCUGCAGUUUGCUUCGUUCAUAACUCAGUAUUAUGGACUGGUUUUGGAUUUGUUGGUUCUGGGUCUGCAGAGGGCGAGUGAAAUGGCAGGACCUCCGCAGAUGCCAAACGAUUUUCUGACUUUCCAGGAUGUUUCCACUGAAACGUGUCAUCCGAUUAGGUUGUACUGCAGAUACGUUGACAAGAUACACAUGUUCUUCAGAUUUUCCGCAGACGAAGCUAGAGAGCUAAUUCAGAGAUACUUAACCGAACAUCCCGAUCCAAACAAUGAAAAUAUUGUUGGCUACAACAAUAAAAAAUGCUGGCCUAGAGAUGCAAGGAUGCGAUUGAUGAAACACGACGUGAAUUUGGGCCGUGCCGUAUUUUGGGACAUCAAGAACCGUCUACCCAGAUCCGUCACCACUAUUCAAUGGGAAAACAGCUUCGUUAGCGUAUAUUCCAAAGAUAACCCCAACCUUCUUUUCAACAUGUGUGGAUUCGAGUGCAGAAUUUUACCAAAAUGUCGCACCCAACACGAAGAGUUCACCCACCGCGACGGCGUUUGGAAUUUACAACACGAAGGUAGUAAGGAAAGGACGGCUCAGUGCUUCUUGAGAGUUGAUGACGAGUCAAUGAGCCGCUUCCACAAUCGAGUGAGACAAAUUUUGAUGGCUUCCGGUUCAACAACAUUCACAAAGAUUGUGAACAAGUGGAAUACUGCGUUAAUUGGUCUAAUGACGUACUUCAGAGAAGCCGUCGUCAACACUCAAGAAUUACUAGACCUUUUGGUCAAGUGCGAAAACAAAAUCCAAACUCGAAUCAAGAUUGGUCUCAAUUCAAAAAUGCCAAGCAGAUUUCCACCUGUAGUGUUUUACACCCCGAAAGAAUUGGGUGGACUUGGUAUGCUAUCAAUGGGUCACGUUUUAAUCCCACAGUCUGAUUUAAGGUGGUCUAAGCAAACGGACGUAGGAAUCACGCAUUUCCGUUCCGGUAUGAGCCAUGACGAGGAUCAACUUAUCCCUAAUUUGUACCGAUACAUUCAACCAUGGGAAUCCGAAUUCAUCGAUUCUCAAAGAGUUUGGGCCGAAUAUUCGCUCAAACGACAAGAAGCCAACGCUCAGAAUAGGCGUCUGACCCUAGAGGACUUGGAAGAUUCGUGGGAUAGAGGUAUACCCAGAAUCAACACUUUGUUCCAAAAAGACCGACACACUUUGGCUUAUGACAAGGGUUGGAGAAUUCGUACAGAGUUCAAACAGUACCAAGUACUGAAACAAAAUCCUUUCUGGUGGACGCAUCAGCGACACGACGGUAAAUUAUGGAACUUGAAUAAUUACCGUACUGACAUGAUCCAGGCUCUUGGUGGUGUUGAGGGUAUCUUGGAACAUACUCUCUUCAAGGGUACCUAUUUCCCAACGUGGGAGGGUCUUUUCUGGGAAAAGGCUUCUGGUUUUGAAGAGUCGAUGAAAUACAAGAAGUUAACUAACGCCCAAAGGUCUGGUUUAAAUCAGAUUCCAAACCGUCGAUUUACGUUAUGGUGGUCACCCACUAUUAACCGAGCUAACGUUUACGUUGGUUUCCAAGUACAGCUCGAUUUGACUGGUAUUUUCAUGCACGGUAAAAUCCCGACGUUGAAGAUUUCUUUGAUUCAGAUUUUCCGUGCUCACUUGUGGCAGAAAGUGCACGAAUCUAUUGUGAUGGAUCUUUGUCAAGUUUUUGAUCAAGAAUUGGACGCGCUUGAAAUCGAAACAGUCCAGAAGGAAACUAUCCAUCCUAGGAAGUCAUACAAGAUGAAUUCCUCGUGUGCGGAUAUUUUGCUCUUUUCAGCUUAUAAGUGGAAUGUUUCGAGACCGUCAUUGCUGGCUGAUACUAAAGACACAAUGGACAACACUACAACUCAGAAAUACUGGAUUGAUGUUCAGCUGAGAUGGGGCGAUUAUGAUUCCCAUGAUAUUGAGAGAUACGCUCGUGCUAAGUUCCUAGAUUACACCACAGACAACAUGUCUAUUUAUCCGUCACCCACGGGAGUCCUAAUUGCUAUCGAUUUGGCCUACAAUUUGCACAGCGCCUACGGCAACUGGUUCCCGGGUUGCAAACCUUUAAUUCAACAAGCUAUGGCUAAGAUUAUGAAGGCUAAUCCUGCGUUAUAUGUAUUGAGGGAACGUAUAAGAAAAGCCUUGCAGUUAUACUCCAGUGAACCGACUGAACCUUACUUGUCCAGUCAGAACUAUGGAGAGUUGUUCUCCAACCAGAUCAUCUGGUUUGUUGAUGAUACUAAUGUGUACAGAGUCACGAUCCACAAGACAUUUGAGGGCAAUUUGACGACCAAACCAAUCAACGGCGCUAUAUUUAUUUUCAACCCAAGAACAGGGCAACUGUUUUUGAAGAUUAUUCAUACUUCUGUGUGGGCAGGCCAGAAACGUUUAGGUCAAUUGGCUAAAUGGAAAACUGCUGAAGAAGUCGCCGCUUUGAUUAGAUCUCUACCCGUUGAAGAACAACCAAAACAGAUCAUUGUGACCAGAAAAGGCAUGUUGGAUCCACUCGAGGUCCAUCUUCUUGAUUUCCCGAACAUCGUCAUUAAGGGAUCAGAAUUACAAUUGCCUUUCCAAGCGUGCUUGAAGAUCGAGAAGUUUGGUGACCUUAUCUUGAAAGCUACUGAACCGCAAAUGGUUCUUUUCAAUUUGUACGAUGACUGGUUGAAGACUAUUUCGUCAUACACGGCAUUCUCCCGACUGAUUUUAAUCUUGAGAGCCUUGCAUGUCAACACUGAACGCACAAAAGUUAUUCUCAAGCCUGAUAAGACGACAAUCACGGAACCACAUCAUAUUUGGCCGACACUUUCUGAUGAUGAAUGGAUCAAAGUGGAAGUUCAAUUGAAGGAUCUUAUUUUAGCAGAUUAUGGCAAGAAGAACAACGUUAACGUGGCAUCGUUAACUCAGAGCGAAAUUCGCGACAUCAUCCUGGGUAUGGAAAUCAGCGCUCCGUCAGCUCAGAGGCAACAGAUUGCGGAAAUUGAAAAACAAACCAAAGAGCAAUCCCAACUCACGGCUACGACGACAAGAACUGUGAACAAACAUGGAGAUGAAAUCAUUACAAGUACAACUAGUAACUACGAAACACAGACGUUCAGCUCAAAGACUGAAUGGAGAGUCAGAGCUAUUUCUGCGACGAAUCUUCACUUGAGAACUAACCAUAUCUACGUCAGUUCAGAUGAUAUCAAAGAAACUGGGUACACAUACAUUUUGCCUAAGAAUGUUCUGAAGAAGUUUGUCACAAUUUCGGACUUGCGUGCUCAAAUUUGUGCCUUUUUGUAUGGUGUUAGUCCUCCGGACAAUCCUCAAGUGAAAGAAUUACGUUGCUUGGUGUUGCCUCCACAGUGGGGAACACAUCAAACUGUACACAUCCCAAAUACGCCUCCAAAUCAUCCAUUCUUGAAAGACAUGGAACCUUUGGGAUGGAUUCAUACACAACCAAAUGAGUUACCUCAGUUGUCACCACAGGAUAUUACAACGCAUGCCAAAUUGAUGGCAGACAACCCAGCUUGGGAUGGCGAAAAAACCGUUAUUAUUACGUGCUCGUUUACUCCCGGUUCUUGUUCCUUGACGGCUUAUAAGUUGACACCUUCUGGUUAUGAGUGGGGUAGAGCGAAUACUGAUAAAGGGAAUAAUCCGAAAGGGUACCUUCCAAGUCACUAUGAGAAGGUUCAAAUGUUGUUGUCUGAUCGGUUUUUGGGAUUCUUCAUGGUUCCGGCGCAAGGGUCGUGGAAUUACAACUUUAUGGGUGUACGUCACGAUCCCAGUAUGAAAUAUGAACUGCAGUUGGCUAAUCCUAAAGAAUUUUAUCACGAAAUUCAUAGACCGGCCCAUUUCCUUAAUUUCUCGUCCUUAGAAGAUGGAGAUGGAGCAGGUGCAGAUAGAGAAGAUGCGUUUGCGUGAAAUAUUUAAUUUAGUUAUUUUAAAUAAGUUAGAAUUAUGUUUUGAAACUGUAAAUAUUUUACUAAAUAAAUGUUUAUAGAAU